AACACUGCAAACAAAAAUCAGGAAGGUGCUUUGAAAAUUUCCGAUAAUCCAUAUGCUUGCCAAACAUUUUUGAUGACAAUAUGACAAAUUUUCGUAUUCAGCUUCUGUCAGACAAUAACGUCGUCCUUGUCCAGGCGACAGGCCAUGAGACGGAGGUAUUUCUGCCCCAGCUGCAUAACGAGCGCUUCGCUCUGAGGAACAUCAUCCGCAGCCGAAGGCCCCAUCCCAGAUACGAAGCUGACGAGGAUACCUUUAACCAAGAGCAAGCGCCCUCCAGCUACAUUAAUCAACGUCCCAGACUGACCACGGCAACGGCCGGCUUGGCCCCCAUUGGUGAGGGUCCACCUCCUGGAGGCGGACGAAGAGGGUCGGUCUACUCUGGGUUAAGCGGAGGAGGAGGCGGAGAAGGUAGCAAUCAUGGGCGGGUCCUACAAUUUACCCUGAAACUAAUAUCCAACGAAAAAGUGGUUCUCGUGGAGUCCCGUGGUCACGAAUCGGAAAUAUUUCUGCCGUAUCUUUUUGACCAACUCAUUGCCAUGAAACGAGUUACCGCCAAUGAGCUGAUCCAGUGCUCUCGUCUCAAGUCCCGACCACAGCUCCCGCCGGUUGUGGAUCUGAGCCCAAACCCCCCAUUGAAAAAAGACAACUUGUUCUUCAAUCCCAGCCGAUUCUUUAUCCAAAACAAUAGCAUUGAAACAAAUACUCCGGAACCAGGGAAGCAGGUCAAGCCCCGAAGAAAACGCCGCUACCAGGCCAAGUACUCCGGAGCCGGGGAUCAGCAGUCCGGAAAACGCUGAAACCUAGUCCGGCCUAGCAUCUAGCAUCAAAACCCAAAAAUUCUGUUGGAAAUUUAAGGUUUUAUCGAACUGAAUGCGAGUCGAGGGAAAACUCAAGGCUAAAAUGCAUUGCAGCCGCGGUAGCAGUGCGUCCAAAUUUUCGUUGAAGCUACUGAUGGGCCAGAGUGUGGUCCUCGUGGAGCAUCCGGAUCUGGAGCCGCAAUUAUUCGCCCCCAUUCUGAGUGAGGAUGGUGUGACUUUGGAGAAAAUGACCAUCAAUAUAUCGUCGGGUAGCCCUUUGGGUCAAGUACAAAAUGAAGGUCCCCCCCAUUCUGAAGACGUCAUUAAAGACAAUCAGAUCGAUUACCCGGUGAAAUUACGUCAUCCUGUUGAUAAGGCUGUAGAUCAUUUGCAGCAAAGGAAAAGGAUACGAUUCCAUAUGGCACCCAAGACCCAAAAAAAUCUGGAACCCAGUCGAGAAUGUGUCGUUCACGGCCGAAAGCUGCAAAACAAGAACAUCCGACAUGUGCCGCCACCGUUUGAUGUCAAUUACAAGAUCUUCUACCUGGGCAGGAAUAGCUAGAGAAGGAAUCAGACACUCAUUUGGGCCAACACAUAGGGAAUCUUCAACUGUCCUCCCUGCAGGAAGAUACAUAUUCUUCAAACUGAACCUCUUCAACUGAUAAGGGGGCUCACUGUGAAGUGGAUGUAUCUUCGAGGAGGAUAUAUUAUUACUUUUUUGAAUAAAAAUUUAACAGUGAAAUAUUCUAUAUAA